GCUCGCCUGGCCGCCAUCCACGUCCUGCGCGAGCAGCACAAGAGCGGUGCCCCACCUGCGGGUAUCAACGCGCUCUGCUACGACCCCGUCCACGUUGUACGGGCUGCUGCUCGGGAUCAGUGGUUGGCCCUGGGAGGCAAGGACGAAGGGUGGAAGAAGAAGAAGUCGGACGAGGAGAAGGAAGGUGAGGAUGAUGAGGAUGACGAGUGA